UGAAGGCUGCGCAGCGCACUGGGAAUAAUUUAAUUCUAAGUUUUUCUGGGGAUAUUUUUCUGCUUCACAACAGCGUGAUGAAAAUUAAGAAUAGAAUUUUACCAACCCGCAAACAGUCCUUUAUAACUUUUACUCGGACAUCCCUAUGAAUGUAGCCUAUAGUGUUAGGCUAUAUCUUGUUUACAUUGGGGCUAUUAUAUGGACAACGUUACGUCCUUUGUUGUUUGCGCUCAAGAAGAGUGUAAGCCUAUUGUCGUUAAAAAGUAAUGGCAGAUCAUGUUAGUUAAAGUAUACGCAAUGGUUUAGCAGUCGUAGUAGAAACUUUUGGAUUAUCAGAAGUGCAGCAAGCGUGCUUUUUUUCUAUUUGCCGAUUUAGACCAUGCAGGAUGCGUCGGGACCUGCUGUAAGCCAUCGAGCGAUGCGACUACCAAUGAGAUGAUUCAGUGUCAUGCAAGAGGCAGCCAGCGCGUAAAUGCGUUUUAAACCAUUACCGGAUGAUGCAAGCUGGUUUGAGCAACCCUUGAUUGAGGCAUUUGUGAUGGGUAGAAGGAUGAACCAGUGAACCCCUGGAACAGUCAGGUCACUGCAGAGUCUGGCUGUUUCAGUGCACGUCUGCUCCCAGGUGGCAUGUGGAAACGUAUCCAAGUGUGUCCGAGAAUGAGGAUCAAAUACACCAUAUUUCUUGUGUUUGUUGUGGCCCUCGUCAUCAUCGAGAAGGAGAACAACAUCAUAUCCCGGGUAUCGGACAAGCUCACCCCCCGACAGACCCCCCAGACUCCGCUCCAGGCCAGCGUUGUCGCCCUAGUGGGAGCAACGCCACAAAAUGAGUCCAGGAUCUCACUUGCUCGUCUGGACCCCGGCCUACCCAGGCACAUGAAGCGGCGCCUGGAGAACUUCACAGAGCAGCCAGAGCCCGAGCGUCUCUCGUCGUGGGGCAAGAAGCACAUCCUGCUACUGGCCACCACGCGCACAGGCUCCUCGUUCGUGGGCGAGUUCUUCAACCAGCAGGGGGGCAACAUGUUCUACCUGUUCGAACCACUGUGGCACGUCGAGAGGGUUCUUACCCUGGAGACGGGGGGCACCAAUGCCACAGCGGCCGCGCCCGCCUAUCGCGACGUGCUCCAGGGGCUCUUCCUGUGCGACUUCACGACACUGGAGGGCUUCAUCGAGCCGCCACCGGUCGACCACGUCACACCGGCGCUCUUCCGGCGCGAGUCGAGCAGCUCGCUGUGCGAGGAGCCUGUCUGCGGGCCCGUGGUGAAGGGCGUGUUUGAGCGCUACCGGUGCCGCACGCGCCGCUGUGGGCCCCUCAACCUCACCAUGGCGUCCGAGUCGUGCCGCCAGAAGGAGCACCGCGCCAUCAAGUCGGUGCGCGUCCGGCAGCUGGAGACCCUGCGGCCCCUCGCCGAGGACCCCAGGCUGGACGUCAAGUUCAUCCAGCUGGUGCGGGACCCACGUGCCGUGCUCGCCUCCCGGAUGGUGGCGUUCUCCGCCAAGUACAAGAACUGGAAGCGCUGGGCGGUGGACGGGGAGGUGCCCGUGGAUGACGACGAGGUCCGCAAACUAAAGGGCAACUGCGACAACAUCCGCGUGUCCGCCGAGGUGGGCCUGAAGCAGCCGGAGUGGCUGCGCGACCGCUACAUGCUAGUGCGCUACGAGGACAUAGCACGCUUCCCCAUGAGGAAGGCCACAGAGAUGUACCAGUUCGCCGGCAUCCCCUUCACAUCCAAAGUCAAAGAGUGGAUACUGAAGAACACUCAGGCAUCCAAGGAGGUCAGUGGGGUAUACUCCACCCAGAAGAACUCCUCUGAGCAGGUGGAGAAAUGGAGAUUUAGCAUACCGUUCAAACUAGCCCAAGUUGUACAGAAGGUCUGUGGGCCCACAAUGAAACUGUUUGGGUAUAAAUUUGCAGAGAGCAAAGAGAUGCUAAUGGACAAGUCCAUCAGUUUAAUCGCGGAAAAGAAUUUUUCAUAAAACACAACUUAUUUUAUUUUUCUUCAAGGAGUUGCUAUCCUAGCUGGGGUUAUUUAACAAUUGUUUGGUAUUUAUUGAGGGCAACACAUGCUUGAUGCAGCAUUGUGUAGUUACAUAUCUGAAAACUGUAAGGAGGUAGAUUUUGGGAUAUGGCUUGAUGUUUUUUAUUAUUUUAUCAAGUAACUGUGUCUAAAGAAGAAUUAUGAAAUUAGAAUCGCUGAACACUAGAGUACUGGGUAUUUGGUAUUUUAAGAAAGAGGGAAACAGAACUUUAUUUAAGUGAUAUUUUUUUUACAGAGUAGUCUAAGAAUAUUGAUAUUGACUAUGUGGCUUGUGGUAACUGGUAUCUUUCAGUGAUCUCAUUAUCAUAUCAGAAAAACAAAGAACAAAGUGAUGCAUAUAUCUUUUUUGGAUAUAAGCAUUUGAGGGCCAAAGUGUUCUUAAGUGACAUGGAGAUUUGGCGAAGACAUGCUGCUUUUAGGCCGAAAGCAAUGUGCAAAAGUGCAACAUUUAUACAAAAGUGCCAUUUUUUCAAAGAUGAAUAAGGGAUAUCAGGAUUUAUCCUUCCAUCUUGCCAUAUAUGUCUGGAAUUGCCUUGCUGCUGUUUGACACACGGACAUGAACUCUCUCUGCUUCUCUCUCUCUCACACACACACACACACAAUCACAAGCACGCUUAAACACACAGAUUCACAGACACUAAGGAAUGGUUAAUGUGUAGUUCAUGAUGACCCUCCUCUAGGAAAGAGGUGUGUGUGUGUGUGUUCUACGACUGAGGUGGCUUGUGAGAGCCACAGGUCCAUAUGGGGGUCUCUCCUCCCCUGUAACAACAGAUGUUUACAACUCCUCCGAGUGGUUCUCUGACAUUCUUUCUGCAGCUGGCUUGCAGAAGCGUGUGACAUUUAUCUCCUGUUUGUCUCUGUUGACAGAUGUCUCCUGGCAAACGAUUAGAGGAGACUGGAGACUGUUUUUCUUUUUUUGUCUGUCUGCUGCGUAGCGCUACUGUUUCUCUUCUCUACAUACAUCAAUUUACACACUCUGCCUUUAUUUUGUUUUUUUACGAGGUCACAGUUUUGACGCAUCUGGAUUUCAUUGCUUAUGAAAUUAAAUAUUGCUGAUGUCUA